GGCCCCUCAGCACGUUGGCGGUGGCAUUACGCGCAAUCUGAUUUCAAAUGGUUGCGGUGCGCCUCUGUGUCCCCUCAUCAAACCGAGCCAUUAUUGCCGCCGCAGUUUCUAUAGACUCCGACGACUGCCGAUUCGGCCUGUACGAAAGACUUCCGUGUUGUAACGAUAAAAACUAGACGCAGAUGGAUGAUUAUCGAUUUCGCUCUCAGCAGUCUCCGAGAAACGAAGCGCCAAUGAAUUCCCUUGUCUCACCACAGCGAAAUGGCAGAAUGCCUUCGCAAGACCCUCGAUCCACCCUACCCCGACGGUUCACGACCGAUUCGGGGCGUGUACCAACAUUGUCCUCUAUAAAUACCACUCAGCCCCAAGAAUAUGCUUCAGUCCUUCCCACCCAGUAUAAAGUUCAACUGUUGGAGAAGAAGAAGCUUGAAUAUGAAAAACUUCGAGAGCAGAAACGCAGAUUUGAGGCGGAAAUGUUAAAGCUUGAUCAACAGCAACGGGAGCUACGAGAGGACUUGAGGCCCGUUCUAGGGCUGACGGGCCAUCAAUCAGAACCAACAACACCACCUGAGUAUCGGGAGACACAUGGCGGCUUCCCAACCAUGUUUUCGCGCCCGAAUAGAUACUCCAUGUCGAGCCUAGCCUCCCCCCCAGGCCUUUUCAACCGGCCGGGCCGUUCUGGUUCACUUCUAACCUCACCGCAGUCGAGCAUUAUGCCGCCUCGGUACCAUGAUGACCCAUUACCCUACCGUUCAGUGCCCGCUACCCGACGCAAUAGUGACGAAGAUGAGAAGGAGGAAGCCCUUCGUCAGGAUCCCACUAGCCACCGCUCCACAAACGCCCUGAACAGGUACUCUAUGCCUGUGACCCGACGAGGUAAUUUAUAUGAUAACAUCGACCAAACCAAUACCACUGGGUUUCUCUUCAGAGACGACGACGCAACCAUGGAAUCCGGCAAUUACCCUAGCGUGGAUGCGAACGAAGACCACUUUCCUCAGCUCCAUCCUCAGAAAGGUAAUCCUAACGUGCUUUCCGCUUCAACCUCAGCCAUGGAUUUGGCUUCUCAGCGUGGAAGCAGUGAAGGAGGCACCACCAAUGGCUGGGGAAAUAUCACGCGUCACCGUCAGCAGCAGAGUUUAUCUACCCUACCCUCUUCACAGGUAGCAGACUCCAUAGGCUCAGUGCAGGUCGACAAUAAUCCUCUGGCACCGCGCCCUUUUCGUCAUUCGAUUGAUUUGAACCAAUUCAGAGACUCCGCUACAGAGAGUAGUCCUGCUUCCACCAUGCCACCUGCGACCAUGCCGACCCCUCCGAAGCUACAGGCUUCCUUCUCCGCUAACGACGUGCCAACUGUCAAGACCAUGCCGGGUGCUGCGACUUCCUCUGCUAAUGCUCAUGCCCAGCAACAUUUCCACAACCACAACGCUAGUAUCGGCCGCUUUCCUCCUGGUGCUAUGAAACGACAUAGCCGAGAGCUCUCUGGUGAUAAUCAUACCAUUGUCACCCAGCCUGGAGGCACAUUUCCCUCCAUCCAAUCCCAGCUACAGGGCAGUGCACCUUCUUUUGGUCCCAUGGCGUCAAGCCAGGCCCCAGUCCAAUCUCCUGUCUCCACGGGUAUGAACACAGCUGCAUCGUCCCCUUCCGGGCCGCCCUAUCCAUAUUACACAGGGUAUAAUAGCCCGCCUGGUCCCAAUAGCGCUUACAAUAUGCUUGCAAUGGGCAUGCAGAACAUGAACAUGAACGGAUACCCACAACAGAACUAUACAGGUUAUGGUGCUGUCUAUCAGCCAUCUGUUCAACCUCGAGACUCGCAACAACGUAUAAUGCAACAACGUCGGGCUCAAAAUGAGGACGGCCAGAAUCGAUUUAUCGGUGCAACUUUGGACCAGUAUGGAGGUACCAUCUAUGAGCUUUGCAAGGACCAGCAUGGUUGCAGAUUUCUCCAAAAACAACUAGAGAAUCGCAACCCCGAACACGUUCAUAUGAUCUGGUUGGAGACUAACCAACAUGUCGUCGAACUUAUGACGGAUCCUUUUGGCAAUUAUUUGUGCCAAAAGCUCCUGGAAUAUUGCAACGACGAAGAGCGCACUGUGCUUAUUCAGAACGCUGCUAAGGAUAUGGUCCGUAUCGCGCUAAAUCAGCAUGGCACUCGAGCUCUACAGAAAAUGAUCGAAUUUGUUACUACGCCAACCCACGUCAAGAUUAUUAUCGAGGCCUUGCGUGACCGAGUGGUGGAGCUGAUCCAGGACUUAAAUGGAAACCACGUCAUUCAAAAAUGCCUGAAUAAGCUUGCCUCAGUGGACUCUCAAUUCAUCUUCACUGCCGUUGGUAACCAUUGCAUCGAGGUAGGCACCCAUCGCCACGGAUGCUGUGUUCUGCAGAGAUGUAUCGACCACGCAUCUGGUGAACAAAAGAAAUGGCUGAUUUCCCAAAUCUCCCAACAUGCGUUACGUCUUGUCCAGGACCCUUUCGGCAAUUACGUUGUUCAGUACAUAAUCGAUUUGAACGACCCUAGUUUCACCGAGCCUCUCGCUCAACGAUUUUUCGGUCGCGUCGUGGAACUUUCGCGCCACAAGUUCAGCUCCAACGUAAUUGAAAAGUGCUUGCGCUGUGCUUCCGAAAAAACCAAAGAUACGAUGGUUAGGGAGAUUCUCGCAUCUGGAGAGUUGGAGCGACUUCUCAAAGACGGGUUCGGCAAUUAUGUUAUUCAGACCGCUUUGGAUCAUUCUUCGGUACAACUGAAGCAUGAGCUAGUCGAGUCCAUCCGUCCCAUACUACCCGGUAUUCGUGGCACACCUUAUGGACGACGCCUAGCGGCUAAGAUUCAGCAGCACGACAACCAGAAUGGUAAUAACAGUGGUCAGACUACUCCAUCUGAGCCUACACAAAGCCAGAUCGUGCUUAACGGUAACCAACAUCGCGCUAUGACAAGCCAGUCAAUUCUCGCGCCAGGUGUCUAUAACAAUGGCUUAAAUGGCACGCGGGCGCAGAUGAGCUACCCAACUCCGGCAAACAUCACGAUGCCAAAUCCACCAAAUCCACCACCUCAGCCACCUCGAAUGAAUGCAUAUCAGGCCUACCCUGGAGCUGGUAACAAUCACGGAAAUGGUGACGGAGCUUUUUUCUAGGGCAUCAAAUAUACCUACAUUGUAACGGUACGAUACACGAGCUGGGAUGAUAUGUACCUUUGGCGGCUUUCUACUUCUAUGAUUUUCUGGCCUUUGAUAGCAUGAGUGGAUGUUUCCUAUGACCUUGACGACAUCUCGUUGAUGACAAUAAUUGUCUUCUUUUCGGGCACUGAAACUCUCAUGCCGUCGACAUGCACCACGG